AUGGGGCAAGCCGGUAGCGAAAAUGAAUCCCAAGCAUGGGUCACGAUCACAGUGACCACAGUAGCCACGGCGGUGGCCUUGACUGUGGCUUGCCUGCGCUUCUUUACCCGCGCCGUCCUCAUCAAGCAGUUUGGGUCGGAUGACUGGGCAGCCUUGGUGGCAAUGAUAUUUGGGCUAGCAUGCUCGAUACUGGUUGCAGCGAACAUCAAGAAUGGCCUGGGUAGACACUCCAAUAUCUUGUCACCGAUCGAAAUUGAGCAUUACUUCAAGCUGUUCUACAUGUCCAUCGUCUUUUACAACUUGACUCUCACCUCGGUCAAGUUGACUUUCCUGCUGUUGUACUACCGCGUCUUUGCCGUCAAGAAGAUGCGCAAGGUCCUCAUCUGGACCAUGAUCGUCGUGGGCUGCUGGUGCGUGUCGCAGCUGCUUGUGGCCAUCUUCACCUGCAGCCCGAUCCACAGGUUCUGGAAGCCAGAAGUGCCCGGCACAUGCAUCCCUAGCCAGCCGUUCUGGUACAUCAACGCCGCCGGCAACCUGGCCACUGACAUGGUCAUCUUUUUGAUGCCUAUCCCCAUGCUGAGCAGCCUCAAGCUGCGGAGGACGCAGAAGCUACUCCUGAUCGGCAUCUUCAGCCUAGGAUUCUUUACCUGCACCAUCUCGGUGAUUCGGUUCCAGUAUCUCCAGCUCGACGACGACGUUACCUAUGAGAACGUGGCAUCAUCCAGCUGGUCCGUCGGCGAGAUCUGCUCCGCCAUCAUCUGCGCCUGCCUGCCGACGCUACGCCCUUUGCUGCACCGCGUCGCUCCGGGUCUGUCUAAGUUUGAAGACGGCAGCGGUCAGUCGAGCGAACGGUAUUACUGGGCGCAUCGGGGCGAGAAAUUCGGCUCUCGCCAGACGGCUUCCUACCGUAGGCAGUCGGCCACGGCUGGAAGCGAAGACCAGCUGUAUCGGCGGGACUUGGAGGCAGGCAGCUGUCCCCAUCAUCGUGGACACUCGAGGAGCGGCACCACCUGCGGGAGCGUCAAUGACGACAUGCAGCUGCGCAUGUACAGGACCAACUCGUCCGAGCUGCUCGCGAGGCCGGACCCUGCCGCAUGGCCGCUGCCCGAGCGGAGGGAGGAGCAGGUCCAAACGCCGGAGCUGCUUGGCCUGCGGAGCACUGUGAUCACGCAGAUCGGUGUGGGGCCGAGCCGGGCUCAAAAUGUGCCCAAGCACGAGAUCGAGGUGCAGAGAGACCUGGUGCAGACCGAGUCUGAGAGGAGAGUCUAG